GGAUACGAUCUUCAUUAGUAGUGUUGACCUAAGGCACGCGUUCUGGCAGGUAGAGUUGGAGGUGGAAAGUCGGAAAUACACGGCGUUUACCAUCCCGGGAUGCCCGCUGUAUCAGUUCCGCAGAAUGCCUUUCGGGCUUUGCAAUGCGGCGCAGCGCUUGUGCCGACUCAUGGAUAAGGUCAUCCCCCAAGGCUUGUAUAUCUGGAUGAUCUUCUGAUUAUAUCUCGCACAUUUGAAGAGCACAUGAAGCAUCUGGAGGCAGUAGCAGAAUGUUUGAAGAAGGCCAAUCUAACUAUCGGAUUAAAAAAAUCAAAAUUUUGCUUCAGAUUCCUUAAAUACCUGGGAUUUGUGAUCGGAGAUGGAAAAUAAAUAAAGCGAUCACGGAAAUUCCAUUGCCAAACACCGUGAGACAGCUCCGUAGCUUUUUCGGGACGGCCGGCUGGUAUCGUCGAUUCGACCGAUUGCCUGAAAUCAAAAGGAAAAUUCAAGUUAACAAAGGAGGCUACCGAGUCAUUUAAUUUACUAAAACAAGCCCUAACCAACGCUCCAGUAUUAGUACAUCCUGAUUUUAGCCGCAGAUUCUUCAUUCAGUGUGAUGCGAGCCAUGUAGGAUUGGGAGCCGCCCUGUUCCAGCAGGAUGACGAAGGAAACGAGAGGCCUAUCUCAUUCUUUUCACAGAAGCUACGAGGAGCCCAGUUAAAUUAUACGGUAACGGAGAAGGAAUGUUUAGCAGCAGUCAAGGCGAUAGAGAGAUUCCGUCCAUAUGAAGAGCUUAUGCCGUUUACCGUCAUCACAGAUCAUUCGAGUCUCCAGUGGUUGAUGACGCUGAAAGAUAUAAAUGGGAGAUUAGCUCGCUGGUCAUUGGCAUUGCAGUCAUACGAUUUCGUGAUAGAGCAUAAGAAAGGAAAGGACAAUGUUGUGGCAGAUAUGUUGUCGUGGACCGCGGUAAUCGAGGAAUUGAAUUUUUUUGAUUUUGAGACUACCGAAUUUGAGAGCGAGGAGUACCGGCAACGAUACAAGUGCGUGCUGUCCAAUCCAGAUAAAUUUCCGGACCUACAUGCAGAGGACGGAUUGGUGCUGAAGAGGAUGCGGAUUACCGAUAAUGAAAUCGGGGAUGUGGCGUGGAAAUUGUGGAUACCAGAGGCAUUGACCCAUACACUCAUACAGCAAGCGCAUUAUAGCGAAGAGGCAAUGCAUAUUGGCCACGAAUGGCCGUGCAAGUCAAAAAUUACAUUGUUGCAUGUGAUACGUGUAAGGAGGCGAAACAUACCACGCAGACGACCAGACCAACUAUGGGAGCCGCGGCCGAUACAGAAGCUGUAUCUGGACUUCCUGGGCAAAUAUCCACGAUCCCGAAAAAGUAAUGCCUAUAUUCUAAUAGUGUUGGACCACUUUACUAAGUUUGUGUGGCUCAAAACUAUGCCAAAAGCGACGUCCGCAGCGACAAUAAAGUUCUUGAGGGAGGAACUCUUUAACACGUUUGGAGUACCGGAGAUAGUACACACCGACAACGGGAAACAGUUUACCUCCAAGGAGUUCGAGGAAAUGGUGUCCCAUUUCGGGAUCACACAUACGCGGACAGCAGCCUAUUCACCCCAAGCAAACGCGUCGGAGCGGGUGAAUCAGUCUAUUUUGACGGCGAAAAGAACACAUGUUGGCGAGGAUCACAGCUAGGGAGAUACAAUACCGACCAGGACAGGAGGUGUGGAAGCGCAACUUCGUUCUCAGCGACUUCAGGCGAAAUAUAAAUGCAAAAUUCUGCAAAAGGUAUUCUCGAUGCAGGAUAAUGAGACCAGUGUGCAAAAACAUGUAUGAAUUAGAGAACUUACAUGGCAUCCA